UUUCCCAUGAACCCGAUCGCCUACUGUGUAAACAGCUAUGUAACCAACUACCAUUUACCGGUGGACAUGCCAAUGUCAUGGAUCGACAGCGAGCAACAGAUCUGCGGUGGUUUUCUAUUACAAUUUGCAAGUAUAGUCUUACAUGCCUGAAAGUGCACAAAAAUGCAGAGCAGAAAAGUGCAGGAGAUACCGAUUCUGCAAACAAACUCCAACACUACCAACAAAAGCUAGCUGGCUCUAUCAUUUUAAAAUUAAGGAUGCGGUUGAAAAGCAAGAAAGUAAUAAAACAACCCUAUGGCACUAAAAUUAGAUGUAACGUAAAACAGUAAAAGCAAGCGGUCUUAAGCUUGAGUUGGCCAUGGCUGAGCAGCAGGAAUCAGAAGAUGCAUCUCAAAUACAAAUUGCCUCUCAAGACAGAUCUAAGGCCAAAUGGACACCACCACGGGAUGAUUAUCUCGUUGAACUAAUGAUCGAUCGACUUCCAUUUGGGUGGAAAAAAAGUGAAAAUGGAUUUACCAAACAAGCUUGGCUUUCCAUGGUAAUCCGUUUCAAUAGGAAAUUUGGUCUAGAUUUUGAGAAAGCACAGUUAAGAAACCGAUACACCAACUUAAGGAGGAUGUACUUCAUUAUUAAGUCACUUAUUAAUCAAAAUGGAUUUGGUUGGGAUGAUGCACAACAGACAAUUACUGCUUCAGAUGAAGACUGGAACCGUUAUAUCUCGGAGCAUCCUGAUAUGGAGUCUUAUAGGUUUAAGAGCUUUCCACUGUACAAGAAAUUGGCAUUAAUUUUUGAAGGUUCCAAAGGGCGUUCUCUUAUGAACAGUCCUACAGAGGUGACAAAAGAAGGCAAUAGCAUCAAAGGAUUGUCAAUAUUUCCCAAUGACUCUACCCUGCAACAUAUACCACAAACUGACACAGUAAAUGAGCAGUCGAAAACAAGUUCAGAUACAAUGUCCUCUGAAAGAGGUAUACAGUCCAAGAAGCAUCAAGCUACUGAGGAGACAAUAUCAUGUCGUAAAAGAUCACGGAAUGCUGAAUUGAUGAUUGCACGUGUUAUUUCAGAAAUGGCAUCAAAUUCUAGAAUCAAUGCAAAACAAGUUGUCAACUCAAGGCAGUAUUCAUAUGAUAGAUGCUUGGAAGAACUACAGGAAUUGGAAGGUUUGGAGGAUUCAGUCUUUGUGAAGGCAGUUAGGCUUCUAAGAGAUGAAAAGAAUGCAAUUGCUUUCAUGACACUCAAAGGCGCUAGGAGAUUACUAUGGCUAAAGGCAGAAUGCCAAGCUGAGUUUCCUUAGGCGAUAGGAGAUUACUCUGGCCAAAGGCAGAAUUGACGCUCAAAGUCUAGUGAGUCGAACUUUUGCACCAACAGUUAUAAUUAACAUCCUUUUUUAUAUUGUGAAUUAUAUGUAACUUGUUAAUGUAAACCUUUUGUACUAUCAAGCAGUUUCUUUGAGUAAUUUUAGUCA